AUGGGGGCCGAAAACAACUUUGACGGUUUAUCCUUCUUCGAGAAUAGUGAAUUCCCAAACAUGAACCGGGAUUUUUUAAGGGCAUCCAUGGACAGCACCAAAAAUGAAGAACAAAAGGGGCUCAUACAAAAGGCAAUAAGUUUAUCAAAAAAAGGAGCAGAGAAUAUACAAAAGGGUAUUAAAAAGACGCUCGAAAAAACGAAUCUAAAUAAUGCCCCAUCAGUAGUAUCCAAUUCAACGACUGCAGAAACGGGAUCCAUGUUUUCAAAUUUUCCACUCUUUAAUAGUCAAAGUAGAGAAAAUGAAACCAACUCCUUCUUUGCCUUCACCAGUGCUUUGUCGUAUAAAAAUUUCCCGCUUUUCUGUUUAUUUUUUGGAGUCAGCAUUAUGUUUUUUAUAUUAUCAUUCUUUACUUUACCCAUGAUUGUUAUCACUCCGAGACAAUUUGGCUUCUUCUUUACCCUGGCCUCCAUCUGCUUCGUGACCUCGCUGGCCUUGCUGAAGGGCUUUUCGAGUCUCUAUUACCAUUUGAUGGAGAAGGAUCGGCUCCCAUUCACCGCGGCGUACAUUUUGUCCCUCCUCUCUACUCUUUACUUCACCGUCAUUAAGCCCUUAUAUUUAUUGGCCUUGAUUACAUCCGUUGUGCAAGUAUUCGCCCUCAUUUCUUUUAUAGUGUCGUACAUACCAGGCGGUGCAGGAGCAAUUAAAAUGCUUCUAACGACUUUGUUCACGUAUAUCAAGAACUUGUUUCGAAGAGGCAAUUCAUCAGAUUUACCUUUUUAA